AUGUCAGGAGGUCCUGUUCCAAUCUGGAAGAAAUACACAACUGGCUCGACCGGUAUCUGGGAAAAAUUAAGAAAAGCGUUGGCUUUGGUCCCAAACAGAUCUUCUGGUAAUCCAAUCGUUUCACUCUAUAGAAAGUCACCUCCAGGUGAUCGUAUUGAAGAUGGAAAGAACUACGGUAACCCUGUAACGUUUCCAGCUGGUGACAUCAAGGGAAACCCAUUUUAUAAGAGGGAUUUCAGAAGAAACUAUCCUCAAGUACACGGGUUCAACCAAACCAAGGUUUCGGGAUUAUUGCAAUUAGGAUCGGCAGAGAACCCAAGAAUUUCCGUCGGGGAUAAAGGUACUAAAGAAUUAUCUGUGUUUAUUGAUCCAUCUCAAGAAGUCAGUUUGGCGUCGACUUUAAGCUCAGUUUCUCCGUCUGUUCUUAAGGGUGAAUUAUUGGGUAAGGAAGGUGAACCAAUUGUUGCUCCAUCUUUGAAAAAGUUUCACUGGACCAUUUUACAAGAGCCUCAACACGGUAUGUUUACCGAUAAUUACCCAUGUCGUAUGUUCACUGAAGCUAAACCUCAACAAUAG